AUGACCCCUAACUUGGCAGAGGCCAUGAACUUUGUACUAAAGGAAACCCGAAACCUUCCAAUCACUGCAUUGGUCCAGUCUACAUAUUAUCGCAUGGGUUCCUUCUUUGGUAAACGAGGCCACAAAUUGACCAAAAUGCUAGCUAUCAGAAAAGUUUUCAUGGAUGGUUACAACAAGGGAAUGACUGAUGAAGUAGCCAAGGCUAACACACAUAAUAUCAUGCAAUUUGAUCGCGAAAGAUUCUGUUUCAUGGUGCAGGAAAAAAUUAAUCAGAAUGAUGGUCGUCUGACGGGUACUUUCAGCGCUGACCUUAGGAACUGUUAG